AUCUAUCGUUAUUCAAGUAGGGUUGUGCCUAUGCUAGACUGGAUAGUCAAGUAUAAAAAAAGUUAUCUUCUUGGGGAUGUUAUUUCAGGUUUAACUAUUGGAACAAUACUUUUGCCUCAAGGAAUGAGUUAUGCAGUAGUUGCAGGGUUGCCGCCUAUUUAUGGUCUUUAUUGCACUAUGCCUAUGAUAGUUUACAGUUUGUUCGGAACUUCGAAACAUCUGUCUGUUGGUCCGGUAGCUUUGGUUUCAUUACUGUUAGCCAAUUCCUUUCCAGUUGGAUCAACUGUAGUGGAAAAAGUGUUGAUAGCCAACGCAAUUACUUUUCUUGCUGGUGUUAUUUUGUUAGGAUUGGGUUUAUUGCAGUUGGGUUUUGUCAUUCAUUUUGUCAGUCAUCCAGUUAUCAGCGGAUUCACAAGUGCAGCAGCAAUAACUAUCGCACUUACUCAGAUAUCUUCUUGUUUUGGAUAUGAAAUUGAAUCCAGUGAAUUUGCGUGGGAGCUUUUGUAUGAGACAUUUGGAAAGAUUUCUCAGACAAACAUUGCUACUUUAUUAUUUUCACUUUCCUGUUUGAUUGUUUUGUUUGGUCUUCGUCAUUUACCUCUGCAUCGAUGGUUACAUUUGCCUCAGUUGAUACCUCCAACUCUCAUUGGCUCGUUGGCUCCAUUGUUUACAACUAUUCUCGGCAUUUGUCUAAAUUACUUUAUUGAGUUGUCUGAAAAGUUUGGAGUUGAACAAGUAGGAAAUAUUCCUUCGGGUAUUCCCGUUCCAACUUUUCCCAAGUUGUCCAAUUUAACUUUAUCUUCUUAUAUCGGUUCAACGUUUGCAAUGAUUGCUCUCGUUAUUGCAGAAAGUAUGUCUAUUGCGUCAGCAUUGGCUUUGCGCUAUCGAUACAAUAUCCAUGCUAGUCAAGAACUGGUGGCUCUUGGUUCUGCGAAUAUUAUUGGCUCAAUCUUUCAUUCAUAUGUAGUGGCGGGUAGUUUUUCUCGAUCAGCUGUGAAUGCACAUACUGGAGCAAACACUCAGCUUGCUAGUAUUAUUGCUUCUUUCAUUAUUCUUUUAUCUAUUUUGGUUCUAAUGCCACUCUUUACACAUCUUCCUAAAUGUGUUCUUUCAUGUAUCGUGAUCAUGGCAGUUAGCAAUCUAGUGGACUAUCAAGAAGCUUUAUUUCUUUGGCGGGUAGAUAAACUUGACUUUGUAGUUCUUUUGAUAGCUUUUAUUUCCACCUUGGGAGCUGGUUCCUUAUACGGUUUAUUAUCUUCAGUUGCAGUAUCUUUGAUGAUGAUGUUGUAUGCCACAUACAGGCCUAGAGUUCAGAUUUUACCUAAAAGUGUGUCACAAAGGAGAUUGAUGAAUGACUUAGUGAGUAGUCCCAAUUCGUCAUGGAACGACACAUGCUUGGAGCCUUUUAUUUUGUGUCUACGUAUAUCGGAAAAUCUCUAUUUUGGAAAUGCAGAAUCAUUCCAAUCCAAAAUUUUUCGAUUAUUAGAAAAGGAAAGACGAAUACGAUGUAUAGAAAUGAUUUUGAUCGACAUUGGUGGAAUGAGCACCAUCGAUUCUUCAGCAUUGAGAGUUGUACGUGCAGUGAAAGAGCAUUUGACCUUGCAACACAUUGAACUGUUGUUUUGCCAAGCUUCUUCCAAUAUUCAUUUGAAGUUUUGUUUGGCUGGUCUAAGUAGCCAUUCUACAGUUCAUAACCUUGAGGAUGUACUGACGGAAAUACAUUGCAGUAAACUAGCUUCCAACAGUAUUGAAAAGACACAAAUGUUGCAAGUUCAAGUUGUAACCAGUGAGGAGGAAAGUUCUGACUCAAGACAAGCUUCUUCGUCGUUUCAUCCACUCCAUUUUUUAUAUCACGAUGAGAAUAAAGUGGUUACUAUGCAUAGCAACAUGAAAAGAAGUAAUUCAGCUCCAAGUUUUUCAUCUCAUUGAGUUUUGAAGAAGAUGUGUGAUGGCUGGCUUAGGAUAGUAUAGAAAGUAUUCAGAAACUCGAUAGAAAUAGCGUAUAUUCGUCAUUCAAGUGUUCAUAAUUCAGUUUCUUUCACUUU